AUGUUUAUCACAGUGAAAUUUGGGGAAGACCAAAAGGAGAUAUUUAAUCCGAACUGUAGAAUCAUUAACUUCAUCCACUCAUUGAAAGAGAGAUGUAACUGUAUGGAAGAAGUUUGCAUCGACCUGCUGGAUGAAUCAGGAGUCCUGGUGAAUUUGAGCGAGCAUGAAAACUCGCCUGACUUCGCCAGCAGCUUCCUGAAGGAAAGGCACGGGUACAUCCUGCUCAAAGUCAUCAGAGGAGAUGGCAGUGAAGGGAACAAAUAUGAAUCUCUUUUACUGAACCUAGCAAGAUGCCACCCCGAUUUAGCAGAUGUCCUGCAGAAGCUGUCGAACCCCCAGAGAGACCGGGAGAGGAAGAACUGUGUCUCGAGGAAAGUCCGUCAGCACAAAGACCCUCCGUCCACCCACCCCCACACUAAGAAUAAAACCCCUUCCACCAGCAAGAAGAAUUCCAAUAUCAACCACAGAACCUAACAAGAGCCCUCCUCACAUGCACUGAGGAAAUAGACUGAAUCUCAGAAAUAACUGGUUAGAAUAAGGCAUUUGCAAA